AUGGAAGAUUCUAUGAACGGGAGAUACGAAACGCUACAGGAUAAGCUUGAUGAAUUAGAGCAGAAUCAGACUCUUGCUAAGGAAGACGUUUUCCAGGAGUUGAGUUCGACUCAGGAAAAGUAUGAAAGUCUACAGAGCACGUUGAUGGAAUUGGAGAACAAUAUUACGGCAAGGGACGACUCCUUGCAGGAGAUCGAACGUUCUAUGAAGGAACUUGAACGCAAUGUGAAAGAGAGAGAUGAAACUCAGAAUGGUAAACUGAUUGAAAUCGGAAAACAAGUCCAGGCAAAGAACAACACCCUGCAGGAGAUGAUGCAGAAUAUGACCAUAUUAGAAGACCAUUCAAAGGUUCAACAUGAAGAGCUAGAAGCUAACCUCAACAAGCUGCAAAAUGAAACAAAGAACAGCUUGGAACUUCAAACCGAAUUGAUCAAGAACCACAGCAUUCCUAGGUCAUGCAAGGACGUGUCAUCAAACAAAUCUGGUUCUUACGUUAUCUAUCUUGGGAAUCGUCAGUUUAAAACGGUAUAUUGUGAGCAGGUCGCAUUCGAUGGCGGCUGGGUCGUAUUCCAGUAUCGCUUCAACGGGAAUGUUGAUUUCUACAGAACCUGGGAUGAGUAUCGCGAUGGCUUUGGAACAAUUGACGAAGGUCCAAGUGCGAAGCUGGAAAUCGAAAGUCAUGGAGAGAAAUUGAACGAAAUGGAACGAUCAUUGUACGAAAAAUAUGAAAGUCUACAGAGCACGUGGAUGGAAUUGGAGAACAAUAUAACGGCAAGGGACGACUCCUUGCAGGCUAUCGAGCGUUUUAUGAAGGAACUUGAACGCAAUGUGAAAGAGCGAGAUGAAACUCAGAAAGGUAUACUGAAUAAAAUCGAAAAACAAGUCCAGGCAAAUGAGAACACCUUGCAGGAGAUGAUGCGGAACAUGACCAGGUUAGAAGACCGUUCGAAAGUUAAACAUGAAGAGCUAGAAGCUAAUCUCAACAAGCUCCAAAGUGAAACAAAGAACAGCUUGGAACUCCAAACCGAAGUUAUCAAGAACAAGAGCAUUAUUUGGUCAUGCAAGGACGUGUCAUCAAAUGAAUCUGGUACCUACACCAUCUAUCUUGGGAAUGGUCAUUUCAAAAAGGUUUAUUGUGAACAGGCCGCAUACGGCGGUGGCUGGAUCGUAUUCCAGUAUCGCUUCAACGGGCAGGUUGACUUCCACAGAACCUGGGCUGAGUAUCGCGAUGGCUUUGGAACAAUUGACAGUGAGUUUUGGUUAGGUUUGAAGUAUCUUCACCUUUUGACCUCAACCCGAAAGCAGGAGCUCAUGGUGGAAGUGAAAGACUAUGACGGAAACUACAUCUACGCAAAGUAUGACCACUUUGAGAUUGGCAGUGAAGCGGAAAAGUUCGUCCUAAAGGUUGGAAAUUAUAGUGGAACGGCUGAAGAUUCAAUGACUUACAGCCAGGGAACGAAAUUCUCUACUAAGGAUAGCGAUAAUGAUAACCAUAGUACACUUCAAUGCGCCGAAUAUAAAAAAGGAGCUUGGUGGCACAAUCAAUGCAGCUAUGCCAACCUCAACGGACCGUAUGGAAACUUAGAAGGCGAUAAAGCGAUGUAUUGGUACCAUUUUAAAAACGACUACCGCGGCAUGGCUUAUACCAGAAUGAUGCUUCGUGAAAUCGAUUAA